GUACUCUGUAUAGGCCUAACAGUCUAUUAAUUUCGGUUAAAUGGUAGGCUACUAUUAGAAAGUAGGCAGUUUCAAGUAACCGUAAGGAAUUACGAUUUUGUUUUUGGCUGGUUUAGGAGUGGUGGAAUUGUUGUUUAAAAAAAUACACAGACUAACUUGGAAGGUUGGUGUGAAUAAUACGCGAACUCCAUGAAUGGCCAUGUUGUGCGCCUUUGAGUGAAAGUCGGAUACCUACUAUACUGCGGUUACUAAUGUGCAUGGUUGUACUGUUUUCAUAGUAGUUUGAUCUUGGGUUAGGAAUGCCGUGUCUGGUCAAACAACCAGUUGUUGUUACCGACAACCAGCCAUGCUCUCUCUUGCCUUCAGAGAUCCAGAUAAACAUCCUGUUGACAGGAGACGCGCACUGGAGGGCGCGUAAUGCUAGACUAUGCGCAGGGGAACCGAAUUAAACCUCUUCUUGCGACCAUGGCCUCCACCUCAGUCCCAUACAACACUGGUGGCAUGGUGGUAGUCACCCAUGUGUACCCCCAGCAAGGAGCCCAAGGCAGUGGCUUAACCCAGACUGGAGCUGCUCCAGCACCCUCCUCUCGGCUUCAGAAGUUCCUGAAAGGGGAACCGUCUAUCCUGGGCGCUGUCCAGAUAAUGAUAGGAAUUGUCAUAUUCCUGUUUGGCAUCGUUGGUGCAUUUCAUCCAACUCUGUCCAUUUACAUCGGGAUUCCCUUCUGGGGAGCCACAAUUUACAUCACAGCUGGGUCUCUCACGGUGAGGGCUUACAAGAAACUCGGCAGCUGUAUGGUCAAAGCUUCCCUGGGGAUGAACAUCAUCAGCUCCAUAACUGCAGGUCUGGCCAUCAUUCUCCACAGCUUCGACUUCAUUGUCCCAACCUACCCCUACUACCGCUGUCGCUAUGGCGACUAUGGCGACUAUGACUCGUAUGGCUGUCGUUCCGGCCACGAAGCACUGCAGGCUAGAUUAUGGGGAACGGUUGGCGUGAUGCUGGUGCUGUCAAUACUGCAGUUCAUCCUCUCCAUCUGUGUGUCGGCUUUUGGCUGCAAGGCCACCUGCACAGGUGAAACCCAGCCGGUCAUGUACAUUACCAACCAGAUCCCUGCCUCUCUUCUGACCUCCCCACCAUCUACUGACCCUCUCAACACAGCUGAGAUGCCACUUCUACCACCCAGUGUGCUGGCACCUGCCUAUGACGGCAAUGCUGAGAGUGCUGAAGACCUGCCGCCAAAGUACAGCCUUGCCUAGGAGGAUACAUGAGGUUUCGACGAGGGAUGAAUACAUACAAUAAGAAAAGGGAA